UGGUAUGUUAAGGAUAUGCCUGUUUUUGUUUUUUAUUUUAGGAUGUGAGAAAAAUGUACAAAAAGUCUGUUCAGAGUCUCCUGAAGAACACCUGCAGCCAUUUAAGGACAAGAUGGAGGCCUUUGUUCUUACAGCUCGAAAGGAGCAUGCAGAAACUUCCUAUCAGCUGAUGACUGUGCAAAAAAGUUUUCAGGACGUUGCCUUAUACUUCGGCCUCAAACCCAAACCUGGAGAGACGGAGGUGACAACAGGUCACCUCUUCAUGCUCUGGUUUGAAUUCUGUGCUGACUUCAAGGCCAGAUGGAAGCGGGAGAACAAAAGCAUCUCAAAACAGAGGUUAAAAGAAGCUCAGAUGUUAGUGAAGAGGCUCACUGGAGAGAAAAAGGUGGAGACAAGAAAGAUCAACCCCAACAGUCUGAAGGAGCGACUGCGUCAGAAAGAAGCUCAAGUGACUUCAACUUAAAACAAUCCUGACUUAAAAUAUUUAGAUAUCCUCAUAAAACUGGAGCUGACUAAUACAGUUGUUGACCAGGAUGAAAAAUGUACAUUUUCUUGGUGGACCAGAAAUUGUUAUAUUUGUUCUUUCAUGUCAC